UAAAUAAAAACUCCGCGCGCAUCUAUGUUCAGCAUUCACACUAGUUAAAAAAGUAAAGAGAUAAUCACAAUGGUGGAGUGGUCGGAUUCCGAGCGCAAGACUAUUGCAAGUGUCUGGGGCAAAAUCAAAGUCGAUAAAAUCGGACCCCAGACUCUGGCAAGAGUGCUGAUUGUAUAUCCCUGGACACAGAGGUAUUUCGGUUCCUUUGGAAACCUUUCCAGUGCGUCUGCAGUCCUGGCUAAUCUCAAGGUGGCAAACCAUGGGAAAACCGUGUUAAAUGCGUUAGACAAAGCCGUGAAGAACUUGGAUGGCAUCAAAGCCACUUACUCUGAGCUCAGCCAGCUGCACUGCAACACACUCAACGUUGAUCCAGACAACUUCAGGCUGUUGGCCGACUGUCUCACCAUCGUCGUUGCGACUUCAUUUAGGUCCGAGUUCAACCCCGCUGUUCAGGCCACCUGGCAGAAAUUCCUGUCCGUCGUUGUGGCCGCUCUCUCCAGCCGUUACCACUGAAGAUCCCUGCCUCAAUCAUGAUUCAAUGCAUUAAAGAUUUCAAAAAGAAUAUAAAUAAAUCAUUCAGUCAAGGGA